CCGGCUGCGAGACGUUUCUUCCUCAACCCUGAGUCACUGCGAGACCCGGCCUCGCGCAGGAAAGCACGUUCAGUUGCUACGUUGAAUCAGAAAAGUGGUCCUCCCCAUUACAAUCUGGUCAUGUCUUAGAGUGCCUUAACUGAGAGGUUUGCUGAGGUCUGGAAAUAUGGCAGACAUUGACAACAAAGAACAGGCUGAGCUUGACCAGCAAGAUAUGGAAGAUGUUGAAGAAGUAGAAGAAGAAGAAUCUGGUGAGGAUGCUAACAGUAAAGCACGCCAACUAACUGUACAAAUGAUGCAGAAUCCUCAGAUUCUUGCAGCCCUCCAGGAAAGGCUUGAUGGCUUGGUGGGGACACCUACAGGAUAUAUAGAAAGCUUGCCUAAAGUAGUUAAAAGACGAGUAAAUGCACUCAAGAAUCUUCAAGUUAAAUGUGCACAGAUAGAAGCAAAGUUUUAUGAAGAAGUUCAUGAAUUGGAAAGGAAAUAUGCUACUCUUUAUCAGCCCUUAUUUGACAAGAGAAGUGAAAUAAUCAAUGCUGUUUAUGAACCUACGGAAGAAGAAUGUGAGUGGAAAACAGACACGGAAGAAGAAAUUUCAGAGGAAAUGAAAGAGAAGGCCAAGCUUGAAGAGGAGAAAAAAGAUCAAGAAAAAGAUGAUCCUAAAGGAAUUCCUGAAUUUUGGCUGACAGUAUUCAAGAAUGUCGAUUUACUUAGUGAUAUGGUUCAGGAACAUGAUGAACCUAUCCUGAAGCAUUUAAAAGAUAUUAAAGUGAAGUUUUCAGAAGCUGGAGAACCUAUGACUUUUACUUUAGAAUUCCACUUUGAACCUAAUGAAUUUUUCACAAAUGAAGUAGUAACAAAAACAUACAGAAUGAGAUCAGAACCUGAUGAUUCUGAUCCUUUCUCCUUCGAUGGACCAGAAAUUAUGGGUUGCAUAGGGUGCCAAAUAGACUGGAAAAAGGGGAAAAAUGUUACUUUGAAAACUAUAAAGAAGAAACAAAAGCACAAGGGGCAUGGAACAGUUAGAACAGUGACAAAAACAGUUUCCAAUGAUUCCUUCUUCAAUUUUUUCAGUCCUCCAGAAGUUCCUGAAAGUGGAGACUUGGAUGAUGAUGCUGAAGCAAUUCUUGCAGCUGAUUUUGAAAUUGGCCAUUUUCUACGGGAGCGCAUAGUUCCACGAUCCGUAUUGUAUUUUACAGGAGAAGCCAUUGAAGAUGAUGACGAUGAUUAUGAUGAAGAAGGUGAGGAAGCUGAUGAUGAGGAAGGGGAGGAAGAAGCAGAUGAAGAAAAUGAUCCAGAUUAUGAUCCAAAGAAGGACCAAAACCCAGCAGAAUGCAAGCAGCAGUGAAACAGUGUGUAUGUGGCCUUGAGGAUUAUCUGCACUGUAAUAGCCUAAAUACAACUAUUAGUUACUUACAGCCUUAUGUUUUGUAUCUUGGUAGAAUUAAGUAAACAUUUUGUUAAAACAAACUGACAGAACCGGUUUAAAAUGUAGGUUCCUUGUACCUAGCAUUUUAAUAGUACUUUUCUGCCGAUAUGUAGAAUGCAGUAAAUCCUAAAGCAUGAAUUAUUAAUUCAUUGCUAUAUAUAGUUUGGUUCUAGUGAAGUCUGUUGUCAUGUAGCUAUUAGACUGCAGCUGUGAAGAUAUCAGAACUCUUGACGGAGACCACUAUUCGUUUAGAAAAGAUCCUUUCCCAGAGAACCAACCAAAGUAUUUUUGGCCCAGUAGUUUAAAUGGGUUUAAGUCUGCUUGCACUGGCUGUGCCUUCAUUACUUUGUCAUAGAAAUAGCAGUGACUUGUACUAAUUAGGAAAUGACAUACGUUUCAAAUUUCAUAACUUCCAUAUCAACUGUUAAUUUCCAUCAAGACCACAUUGAAUGUUCAUAAUUGUUUGCUUGUUUAUGCUCUAGGUUUUUGUAUUUUGUGAUGGUGACCUACAAAAAAUCUUUAGAAACAUCAUAUUAAGAUUGUUUAUCACUGGGAUGUGAAUAAACCUAGUAUUUUCAGAAACUA